CGGGAAUAGACCAUAGCAGCACAAUCCUUAUCACUUGUCAAUCAUAAAACCUGGCAUAAGUCAAAUCCGUUUCGAGCUCUCUUGUCCUCAGCUUCCUCUCCAUUCAUUCUUCUUCAAUGGCAACCCUUUACCUUUCAGCUUCCCAGUUAUCAUACAUUCAAUGGGAACCCUUAACCUAUCAACUUCCCACUCGCCCGGCUCACAUACACACCCUAAUUCGAAGAAGAAGAAACAGUUACAUCAAAUCAAAGCCCUAAAAUUGGUCACAGUAAUGCAGCAAAACGCAUCAACAUCGACUUCAUCGCUGCGUGACUUGGGUCCGAGUGGUGUUGAUCUAAGCAGCGCCCUUUUCAAACCGAUCCGCAACUCCGUUCCUCCUCUCGCUUCAAACCGAUGUACAAAGAUCUCCGUCGUCGGAGUCGGCAACGUCGGGAUGGCCAUAGCUCAAACCAUCCUCACUCAAGAUCUCGCCGACGAGAUCGCACUCGUCGACUCCAAGCCUGAUAAGCUUCGUGGAGAGAUGCUCGAUCUACAGCACGCCGCUGCUUUCCUCCCUCGAACCAAGAUCACCGCUUCUGUCGACUACGACGUCACCGCUGGAUCUGAUCUGUGUAUCGUCACUGCUGGUGCUAGACAGAACCCAGGGGAGUCUAGACUCAAUCUGCUUCAGAGGAACGUUGCUCUCUUCCGCCAUAUCAUUCCUCCACUCGCUAAAGCUUCUCCUGAUUCUAUAUUGAUCAUUGUUUCUAAUCCUGUCGAUGUUUUGACUUACGUUGCUUGGAAGCUCUCUGGUUUCCCGGUGAAUCGUGUGCUUGGAUCUGGUACUAAUCUUGAUUCUUCUCGGUUCAGAUUCUUAAUCGCAGAUCAUCUCGACGUUAAUGCUCAGGAUGUACAGGCAUUUAUUGUGGGAGAGCAUGGAGACAGCUCGGUGGCAUUGUGGUCGAGCAUAAGUGUUGGAGGCAUCCCUGUCUUAAGUUUUCUAGAGAAGCAACAGAUUGCUUACGAGAAACAAACCCUUGAGGACAUUCAUCAAAGCGUAGUUGGUAGCGCCUAUGAAGUCAUUGGACUUAAGGGUUACACUUCUUGGGCCAUUGGUUACUCUGUUGCUAAUCUGGCUCGUACUAUUCUCCGUGACCAGCGAAAGAUCCACCCUGUCACGGUUCUUGCUCGUGGCUUUUAUGGUGUCGAUGGGGGUGAUGUCUUCCUCAGUCUCCCGGCUUUGCUUGGACGCAAUGGUGUGGUCGCUGUGACCAAUGUGCAUAUGACUGAUGAAGAGUCUGAGAAGCUGCAGAAGUCGGCUAAGACUAUAUUGGAGAUGCAGAGCCAGUUGGAACUUUGAAUAAACCACAUCGCUCUGCUUCAAUUUUAUAUCUGUUGUUUUGUUAUGAUCAUCAGUCCCAUGGAUGAUAGUGUUAUUGUUGAUCUUUUCAUGUUAUGUAAAUGCUUCUUUUUCAUGGAGAUUGGAGAAUAAUCCCAACUUGAGUUCUAUUAUGAGUAA